AUGAGCUCGGACCAUGGUGGUUCGAAAGUUGAUAUUGAUGAUGUUGAAGUUAAGGGAAGAAACCGCCAAGCAUUCGGCGCUUGUUUGGCGCAGAUUUUCCCAGGGCUGUUUCUUACUUCCGUCAUCUCCGUUUACCAUCCUUCUGUGAAUAAUCCGGUUUAUCCACCACUUUACGGGGAACGCAGCGCUCUUAGCAAUGAGCCCAAAAAUACAGGAGCACUUACCAAAACUCCGUGCUCACUAGCUUUCGUCGAUCGUGAUCCGACAAUGUGUCUUGUCUGGAUCGGCAAACUACAAGGGCCCGCCCCAUCCAUGGACCUUGGUCUUAUCUUCCGUACCACCAUUUACGAUUCACCUCAAACCCAGCCUGCGAUGUAUCAUCAGUAUUACAUGCCGGAUUCGUACGAAUCGGCGGAUACAUACUACGACUACACAUCCCCGCAGUUGACCCAGCCUGACUUUGACCAACUUCUGCAACAGGCGUCUACGAUUGCUGAUGCAUAUCUCCCCCAGCAACAGUUGUACCAUCCUACUUCCGUUCAACCAGGCUUGCUCGUCAAUCACUCAGACGAUCGGUUGAAACGCACCGAAGGCUCCUCAACCAACACCCAAUCCAACUUCGCCCCUCCUGCGGAAAGUUAUCAGGCGUCAACAAGCACACCGAGUUCGGGUUCUCGCAGUCGAUACAAGCGUAGCUGCGAAGACUGGGGUCUCCUCGCGCCAAAUACAACGCACAGGCUUUCAUGCGACGUCUUGCCCACCCCUCAGUCCAUUUUGGACGGGACCUACCAUAAGGCUCUUGAUCAGCUGCACGAUCAAGAUGUAGUGGUUUAUCUACCACGCAGACCGGAAUGGUCUGGCAAACCGUCGGUCCCGAGUAUACUGUUCAGCGUCAAGGGGAAGCCUGGUCCUUACUUGAGGGACAUAUGUAGAGGGAGAGUUGAGAUUGAUGGUGCAUACGAUGCUGUGUUUAGUCACUAUGGGUUCAAGCAAACGAAUAUCAGGAUUGAUUGGCCUGGCGUUGAGUUGGAUGCCGAGACUAUUCCGUGCUUUAUGCAAGGAGAAGGCACUCCUGUUCAUCGCGCGUGGGUGUGUCAGGCGGUAGCUGGCUGUGUGACGGACUUGAUGAUGCAAGGAAGUUGUGGACGCCUGAGGUACAAAGCCGUGGAACCUGCGACGCAUGGAUAG